UAAGCGCGCCAAAAUCGCCCGCUUGAGCUCCCAACAUUCUCCAAAUCUCAUGAUCACCAAACUGUCCAAACCCAUUUACCAAAAUUCUCCAAAUAUCGCUAUGAAUUCAAUCGAAAUUCUUGAUUUCUUAUGGUGAAUCUUAGUAAUGCGCCACUAAAUUUACCCCUGUUUCUAGGGAUUUCAUGAUUAUCUUUAGAGGAAGAGUGCAUUUGCAUCAUCUAUGAAGACAAUUGGGACGAGAAAUCGAUUUGUUCGGUGGAUAGGGCUUGAUUUGUUUCAGAUGGAAUGGCAGAUCCUGCUGGCUUCGACAUUGAUCAGGCACUCAUUCUGUUGAAGAAGGGAACACAGUUAAUCAAGUAUAGCAGAAAAGGGAAGCCUAAAUUUUGUGCAUUCAGACUUUCUCCAGAUGAAGCAACAUUAAUCUGGUACUCGCAUGGAUCAGAAAGGCAGCUAACAUUAUCUUCUGUUUCACGGAUUAUUCAAGGACAGAGAACUCCUGUUUUCAAAAGAUAUUUGCGUCCAGAGAAGGAGUACUUGUCAUUUUCAUUGAUACAUCAUAACGGAGAGAGAUCUCUUGAUCUGAUCUGCAAGGACAAAGUUGAGGCUGAAAUCUGGAUUGCUGGUCUGAAAUCUUUAAUAUCAACUGGCCAAUCACGCAGUAGGCGUACAAAAAGCGAUUUUAAUGAUUUACAUGGUGGGGGUGAUAUCUCUCAAGAUAAUCGCACAUUCGGAGUACUAGACGGUACACCGCGCAGAGUGUCUACUGAUUCUCGUGAUAGUAGCGUCAGUUCUUCAAGCUCACAUGUUGGGUCUGAAUGUAACAGUAUGCAAAGGACAAGUUGUGCAGAUGGUUUCCGGAUUAGUGUCUCGAGUAAUCCUAGUAGCUCAAGUCAAAGUUCUGGGCCAGAUGACAUAGAAUCACUUGGUGAUGUUUUUCUUUGGGGAGAGAUCUGGUCUGAUGGAGGGGAAAAAGAUGUAAUUGGGAAACCUAUUCCAAUAAAGGUUGAUGUACUGACUCCGAAACCAUUGGAAACAAAUAUAGUACUUGAUGUGCAACAGAUUGCUUGUGGUGAUCGGCAUAUUGCUCUUGUUACAAGACAAGGUGAGGUUUUCACUUGGGGCGAAGAAUCCGGGGGUAGGCUGGGUCACGGCAUCGAAAAGGACUUUAGUUGUCCUCGGCUAAUAGAAUUUUUGGCUGUUACCAAUAUUGAUUACAUUGCUUGUGGAGAGUUUCAUACAGGUGCUGUCUCUUCAUCUGGUGAUUUAUACACAUGGGGUGAUGGUGCCCACAAUGCAGGGCUUCUUGGUCAUGGAAAUGAUGUUAGCCACUGGAUUCCCAAAAGAGUUUCUGGACUUUUAGAAGGCCUUCAAGUUUUGUUAGUUGCAUGUGGUACCUGGCAUUCAGCAGUGGUCACUUCUUCAGGAAAAUUGUUUACAUUUGGUGAUGGAAUGUUUGGAGCUUUGGGUCAUGGUGAUCGUGAAAAUGUUCCGUUCCCAAAAGAGGUCAACUCGUUGAAUGGACUUAAAACUGUUGCUGUCUCCUGUGGCGCAUGGCAUACUGCUGCAAUAAUAGAAGUUAGUAAUCAGUCAGGAGCAAAUGUUUCGUCUAGGAAGUUAUUCACCUGGGGCGAUGGGGAUAAAUAUCGAUUGGGUCAUGGAAACAAGGACGCCUAUCUUUUCCCAACUUGUGUCUCCACCCUUAUUGAUUAUAACAUGAUGCAGCUGGCAUGUGGCCAUAACAUGACCAUUGCCCUCACAACAUCAGGUCAUGUCUUCAGUAUGGGAAAUAAUGCAUAUGGUCAGCUAGGAAAUCCGCAAUCCGAUGGAAAGGCUCCUUGUUUGGUACAAGACAGAUUGGUGGGGGAGUUUGUUGAACAGAUCGCAUGUGGGGCGGAUCAUGUUGUAGUCCUCACUUUAAGAGGCGACGUAUUUGCUUGGGGGAGAGGAGCCAAUGGCAGACUAGGACACGGUGACACUGAAGAUCGUAAUGUUCCCACAUUGGUGGAAGCACUUAAAGACAAACAUGUCAAAAAUCUCUCAUGUGGAUCAAAUUACACGACGAGUAUAUGCAUCCACAAGUGGGUAUCUGGAGUAGAUCAGUCAGUAUGCACAUCUUGCAGGCAGGCUUUUGGUUUUACUAAAAAACGGCAUAACUGUUAUAACUGUGGAAUGGUGCAUUGCCAUAACUGCAGUACGAAGAAGGCAAUAAAAGCAGCUCUUGCUCCUACACCUGGGAAACCUCACCGAGUAUGUGACUCUUGCUACAUGAAACUUAAAAAGGCAGCGGAAAUGGGCAUUUCAUCAAUUGUCUAUCGCAAAACAUCUACUACUAGUUCUCGAAUAGACCGAGAGACAAAAACCUCACGAGUUCUGAUCCCCCCGUCUAUGGAGCCAGUUAAAUACCUCGAGAUCAAGUCAGGAGGUGGUGGACUGAAGAAUGAUACCUAUUCUAUUGUUCGUGAAUCGCAAGUUCCAUCUCUUGUGCAGCUGAGGGACGUUGCUUUCCCAAGUUCACUCAGUGCACUCCAAUAUGCUCUAAGGCCUGUUACUCUACCAUCAUCUUCACAGCCUCAGCCACAAUAUCAGUCUUCUUCCCCGUAUUCGAGAAGACCAAGUCCACCACACUCUUCUACUCCGGUAUACUCGAGGGGUGUUCUUGAUUCUUUAAAAAAGUCAAAUGAUAUAUUAACACAAGAGAUUUCCAAAUCGCAGAACCAAGUUAAGAAUUUAAGACAAAGGAGCGAAAUUCAAGAAACAGAAAUUCAGCAGUUAAAGAAAUCUGCAGACGAUGCAACUCUAUUGGCUGCAGAUAGAUCUUUCAAAUGUAUCAGAGCAACGCAAGCAGCCAAGACAAUUACGGCUCAGAUGAGGGAGAUUAGAAAUGAGUUGCCUCCAGAGAUAUCUGAGAAUGAAUCUUACAAAAACUUGCACUCUGAAAUUGAGUAUCUUCUGGAAACAGUUCGUAUGCAAGUAUCUGAUGACAACUCUACAUUUCCAGCAUAUCAAAAUUACCUUGGGAAUACAGCGGUUCAGGACAUGUCACAGACCAAUGGAUUAGCUGUUUCUUAUGCAAAAGCUACACAUCAGUCCAGCUCAGGGACCCCGGAAGUCGCUCAAAUGGAGGGACAGAAGGAAGUUAUCGAACAAUUUGAACCAGGUGUCUAUGUAACAGUCAUCCAACUUGCAAAUGGGACCAAGAUCUUCAAAGGGGUUAGAUUCAGCAAGCGAAGAUUUGCAGAGCAGCAGGCAGAAGGAUGGUGGAAAGAAAACAAGGAUAGGCUACUUAAGAAAUACAGUACUAAACCAAGAAGGCCAUCAGCAGAGGCACUUCCAACUCCAGCCGAUCAAGAUAACCCGGCAAUGUAGGAAACAAGCUAGGCUCUGACGCUUUCACAGUAUAUAUAGUACUCCCUCCAUCUCAUUAUUUAUAAUUGAUUUUUUUUUAACAUGGAUAUUUAGAAAAGUUCAAAAGUGGUGUGAUUAUUAUUUAAAGGGCAAUUUGCCGGAAACCAUGUAUUUUUGUCAUAUUUAGUAUAUGUUCCGCAACUUUGAAAAUU